GAUGGCUUUUGCGCAUGCGUACCCAAUGUAACAAGAUGGCGGAAAAUGCGGAACUGAAGCAAAUGGUAAUGAGCCUUCGAGUUUCGGAGCUUCAAGUUUUGUUGGGGUAUGCAGGACGGAAUAAGCACGGGCGCAAACACGAACUUUUGACCAAAGCUCUUCACUUACUCAAGGCUGGUUGCAGUCCUGCUGUGCAGAUGAAGAUCAAAGAGCUCUACAGACGACGCUUCCCAACCAAAAUGGUUUCGCCAGUAGACCUGGCUCUGCCCGGUGUUCAUUCGGCCUCCAGCCUGCCCGCCGGCCUCGCUCAGCUGGGAUUUGACAGCCACGGUUCCCCAUCGCCUCUUCUGCCUGUUUCUUUACUCGGGCCCAAGCAUGAGCUGAGUCUGCCUCACCUCCCCUCCGCCCUGCACCCUGUACACCCUGAUGUCAAGCUCCAGAGAUUGCCAUUCUAUGACGUUCUGGAUGAGCUCAUUAAGCCAACUAGCCUGGCCUCGGACAACAGUCAGCGGUUCCAGGAAGCAUGUUAUGCCUUUGCAUUAACACCACAGCAAGUUCAACAGAUCAGCAGCUCCAUGGACAUAUCUGGGACCAAAUGUGACUUUGCUGUUCAAGUUCAGUUAAGAUUUUGUUUAUCAGAGACAAGCUGUCCCCAGGAGGAUCAUUUCCCCCCGAAUCUGUGUGUGAAGGUGAAUGGCAAACCUUGUAAUCUCCCGGGAUAUCUUCCUCCAACCAAAAAUGGAGUUGAACCAAAAAGGCCCAGCCGUCCCAUCAACAUAACCUCUCUUGUCCGACUGUCCACAACAGUCCCCAACACAAUUGUGGUGUCGUGGACUUCAGAAAUUGGGAGGAGUUUUUCCAUGGCUGUUUAUCUGGUAAGACAGCAGUCGUCUGCAGUGUUGUUGCAAAGACUACGGGCCAAAGGAAUUAGAAACCCCGACCACUCCAGAGCUCUGAUCAAAGAGAAAUUAACAGCUGAUCCAGAGAGUGAGAUCGCCACCACCAGUCUCCGAGUCUCUCUCCUGUGUCCUCUGGGGAAGAUGAGGCUGACUAUUCCUUGCAGAGCGAUAACGUGUUCUCACCUUCAGUGCUUUGAUGCAACACUUUACAUCCAAAUGAAUGAGAAGAAGCCAACCUGGGUGUGUCCAGUCUGUGACAAGAAGGCCCCGUAUGAGCAACUCAUUAUUGACGGGUUGUUCAUGGAAAUCUUGAAUAGCUGUUCUGACUGUGAUGAAAUCCAAUUCAAAGAAGACGGAAACUGGGCCCCCAUGAGGUCGAAGAAGGAGGUGCAGGAGGUGUCUGCGUCGUACAAUGGGGUAGAUAGUGAUUCGUCUCGAACAGAAACGCAUGAGCCAAAACGGGGAUCAUCCAAUGACAACAGCAAGACCGUUGAUGUGAUUGACCUGACACUGGAUAGCUCCUCUGAGGAUGAGCUAGAUGAUGAGCCGCCUCCUAAAAGGGCCUGUCCCUCUGUGUCACCCGUCUCUCCACCCCCGAACAAGGGAAUACUGAACCUACACAACCAGGCCUCACCUGUAAGCAGAGCUCCCAGCAUGCCCCCUGUGGAGACCAGCUACAUUCCUCCCCCUCCACCUCUUAUCCAGGACUAUCGCCACUAUUAUCACACAGCUAGUGACCUGCCAGAUCUGAAUUUCUUCUCCUUCCUCCAAGGAGACAAUCAGCAUUACAACAUGGUGAUGGCUGCCGCAGCAGCUGCGUCAGCUUCAGCCUCAGAGGACCACGACUUGCUCCUCAACCGGUUCCUGCCCUACGGCUCCUCUCAGAUGUUACGUGAGCAGCCGGGCACCCCAGGGAGCAGCACGCUGGCAGCCACCAACGGAGGCAGCAACAGUGGCAGCACCAGUAGUUUGGUGUCUUCCAGCAGCCUGCGGGACCGCGACAAAGACAGAGAGCGAGACAGAGACAGGGACAGCCACACCAUCUCAGGAUUGUCGAGGUCCUCGGUGGAAUCUGCAGCGGCGGCAGCCAUUUAUGGCUCCAUAUCUGACGUUAUCUCACUUGACUAGAUCCACACAGAACUGAAAGACAAGGGAGACCCCAAGGACAGGAUUUUGUAAAUAAGGAAGACUAAGAUGAAAGAAUACAGUGCUAUGUACAGAGAGGAAAAUCUAUUUUCAAUUUACUUAUCAUAUGUAUAUAAACUUAGGACGCUUCUUGUCCAGUGAGUUACUUCAGUUGAUAUUUUUCUGUGAAUACUGAAGCCUUUUUCACACCUCUUCAUGUGGUCCUUUGAUUAUAUUGUACCUUUUGUACCUGGUUUUUACAGUUUUGUUUUCGAUAUUCCAUGUCAAUGGCAUUAUUUCAUGUUAUGUACACAGAACCCCAUGAGGUUACACCUUAUGUAACAUGAUAUUUAGAAUAUAAAGGAAAUGGGCAUUGUUGUAGAUAUACAAAAGGCAACUCAUGGCAAAACAGGAAAAGGUGUAACACUUUCUUUAUUUUCUAAAUGACGUCAUUUCUGUCAAAUGUUUUGACAGCAGAAAGAUCUGGUCCUUUUUUACAUCACUGUAGAUUUUUCUGUAAGACAUUCAUGCUGUGGUCAUUAUUUUUAAGGAAUUAUUUAUGAUGUAAGUUAUGUGGGAUGUAUGCUGUUUUUAAAGAAGCAUUCCUUUAUGCUUUUAGGAAGUCUUGCCACUAGAAUUGCAAACGCUAGAUCCUUCUGUUGUCAUAACAUGUUCUGCCUGUUUCAGUCAUUCAAAUAUGAACAAUAGUGUAUAGUUUAGACUGUACCUAAGAUACAUAUAAAUUGGGACUAAGUCAGUAUUGUAAGACCAGGCAUUUUCAGUGUGUAAAUCAAUGAAUGGCACUAGUCCAGCAAGCAGCCUUUUUAUAGUGUAAUGUUUUUCUGAAGUACAAUAUACAGAAAACUACAGCAACGUGGCCGGUCUGGCGACAAAGCGAGUUUCUGGUCAGCUUGAGGUAGUUCUUUAAUUUUACAUUUCAUGAUGUUUGGCACGUAAAGGCUGUGUGGAGCGGUGAAGCGUUCAUAAUUGCAGGAAACAUUUUGAGAGUAGUUUUCAGCCUUGCAUGUCUUUGCGAAUUACCAGAAAGAUCAGCUGUUGGAGUGCUAUGCUGUCCCAGGAUGCGUAGCCUUUAGGUGUAUUUGCAACAGCCUGUAAGAGAACUGUGAUGGCUUAGUCUUUGAGUCGAUCACAACAUGCAUUUUGGCCCAGGAGUUACGCAUCCCCCCCCCCCUUUAUUUUUCUUGACUUGUGCUUAUAAUUAGGAUUAUUUAUUAUCAUAUAUAUUUUCAGCAUUUGUUUGUUUCGUGGAUAUGCAUUGCUGUCAUUGUAUGUAAUAUUUCUUUUGUAAUUAUAUAAUUAAUGCUAUUUAAAGAUGUCAUAGUUGCUUGACAUGCAUUGUAACAUUUUCUGUUUGUUUUACUAUCGGAUGAUGUCAAUAACUCAAUUGAGGCUUUGAUCAUUUUGAACCGCUACAAGGUCUACUGUGCUGUUUAAUAUUUGUAAGAAUUAAACAGAUAUUAGAAAGUG